CCAUCGUGACAAUACGUGCUUCAAAGCAGAGCGUAUAUGUAUUUCCCAGCAACAUCAUACAACCAAUCACAGGCUAAGCCACGAUUAGCAAAUAUGUCCCAGCCACAAGAGCAAAAUGUAGGGCGGGUUCAAUCGCGCGUCGCUUCUACGCGCGAGCCAAGCUCCAUUCGUGAUGGUCGAUCCAGUCUACUUUUCUAGGAAGAGGUUGACAACGACAACAACGAUAACGAUAAAAGCGAAAAUUAUAAUACAUAUAAUAAUAACACUAGAGAUCGAUUCACAACACCACCUCCGAAUUUAAACGUUGAAAAGAAAACACCCCGAAGCAAAAGAACUUCGCGCAAAGGCAGUGCGCGCAAGCAGAAGACGCCUGGCCGCGCCGACGAGAGUCCUUUUGUCGCCCGCAAUCUCUUCAAUAUGGCCAGCCAACAGGGAAAAUGGCGCGAAGACCAAAUUCUCGUCAUUUGCCCUGGUAGUCAAACUACCAUGGCCCAGCUAGGCUGCAGUGAACUCACCCCACCCGCCCAUCGCAUCCCCACGAGAAUGUUCAAGGACGAAGAGACCAACGAGUAUACACCCUACCGCAUAUACAAGCGAAAGAAGACCAGCGCGCCUACGGCUACAGCGGAUGGAGAGAAGUCCGACGAUCAAUGGGAAUAUGUUGAAGAUCGCGAUAGUGUCGAGGGUGCAAUCUACCCUUUACAAGGCGGACGCAUAGUCAAUAUGGCAGCCUUCCUCGCAUUCCUCGAUCAUGUCCACAGUUUACUUACGACGACAUACCACAACACGCCGAUCAUGCUCAUGGCAUCACCUCAGUGGACCCGGCCCGAUUGCGAAGCUAUCGCGCGCUACAUAUUUGAGAAGACCAAGACUCCGGCUCUCUGUUUGUUACACAGUGCGGUAGCCGCGCAAUACGGCUUGAAGUGGCCAACCAUGACUAUAGUGGACAUUGGUUUCGAGAAGGUCGAUGUGACUUGUAUACACGAAUACCUUAUUGUCAGCCAGAGGCAAUUAGGCUACCCGAACCCAGAACGAGAUAUUUCGGGCGGGGAAGUGUUCACGCAGAAACUUCUAUCACUUCUGAAGAACAAGAACUUCACCUAUGACAUGGCAGAACAGUUGAAGAAGAGUCCCCUAUGCGAAGUUUUACCCUAUAUUUCCGAAUUGUCGGAGCUCAUGGAACUUCCUACGGACGAUACAGUACCUGCCGCCCCACCCACAGUAGAGGCCCCGAAACCUGUAGAACCACCGAAAUCUGUGACUGCUCUUGGCGGCGACACCGAAAAUGGAAACGCCGAAGGAAAGGAUGCAGAUGAGGGCGUACUCGAUGUCGCCAACAUUGUUACCAGUGGGAAUGCACGAGAGUUCCUCGCCAAGAAGGAAAAAGAGAAGGUUGAAAAGGCGAAGUCGAAGAAGUCAGGCAAGGGUCAAGAAGCCGAGCCUGCCGCGGCGAAGCCUGUUCGAUUGCCCAACUCCAAGCGAAAGGUCGGCGUCUUUCAUUAUGAGGAACUGGUGCAUGAGGAUGUUGAAGUUACUAUCUCCAACGGUGCUCCUAAGCCGGAAACUGCUGCUCCUACGAAUGGCGAUGUGCAAAUAACUGAUGCACCCCCUGCCGAAGGUGCGGCUAACAACCCGGAAGUCAAACCAGAGACCAAGCCUGAAGGUACUGGUGAGGCGAUGGAGUCUACAGUCAACAGUGUUACCACCACGGAACGAAGAACAAAGCGAGUACGACGGGAUAUUGAGGUCGGACUCGAGAGAUUUCUCUUCGCGGAUCGCGCUGAAAUAAACCGAAUAACCGAUACAAUUUACCGCGCGAUCCAGAGCAUCGACGAGACUUACAAGCGACCAGGCUGCUGGGAUAACAUUGUCUUUGUUGGCAAUGGUAGCCGUCUCCGAGGCCUGAAAGAAAAUAUUAUCCAAACACUUACUGCGCGACAUCUCAUCUCGCCGAGUACUGCUACGAUCUUUACCUCUGAGCUGCCGUCUAACAUGGCGACGCCAAGUGGAACUGGAUCCCAGACCCCUACCGGCUCCUUUACAGGCCAACUACCGACCACUAGUUCGGUAAACCCGCUUCUACAAGCGGCCACAACAGCAUCGCUUGGUGUUCCGGGUGCAACGCAAGCACCUGGAUCAACAGCGGGUGACGUGAGUGUGCUAGGCCACCAUUCUCACGGACAGACACCGAUGAGUAUUAAGCAAGCGCCGCUGCCGAGUUACUUAGCCGAGUGGACCAAGAAUGGAUUCGAGGAGGCCAUGUUCCUCGGCUCCCUUGUCGCCGCUCGUCUCGCUUACUGUAUCCAUAACAUGGACGUCCAGACUACAGAGGCUCAGCGUACGAUGAGUCUGAAUCGCGUUGACUACAACGAGCAUGGUCCUAAAUUGGUCCAUUCUCACUCGAUGCUAGGCGGUUCUUAAGCGAAUAAUACGGAGGAAUACAAACACGUGUUUUUCUCUUCUUUAUAUCCACGUUUAUUGCAAUGUUUUUUUCUAUGGAGUUAAGGGGAUAUGAAGACAAAAGUUCCUAAGGACAGGGUGGAACAAUAUGAUCUUUGUCCCUUUCCAAAACGGAUAGGCCCCAGGAAUUAAUUUUUCUGAUUUUACAUGCCAAGGGGAAGCUUCGCGGGCAAAUAUCGAGCUAGGAUUAGUCAUGCUAUUUCGCCAGCUCGAUGAGAGCUAUAUUCCCCCAUAUGCAGGAUGUUUACUGGCUAGCUAGCUAUUCGCAGGCAAUAGGCAGUGAGUGGAUGGUGAGCAAGCGCUGUACUAUAAUCCCAAUACGAUGAGCUUGAACACAAU